AUGUCGUCAGCCGUCAUCUCCGCCGACGACGCUCUCGAGCCCACGCUCCAGUCCCUCCUCGACCAGCGCUCUCUCCGCUGGAUAUUCGUCGGCGGCAAAGGCGGCGUCGGCAAGACGACCACGUCGUGCUCCCUGGCCAUCCAGCUCGCCAAGGUCCGCCGCUCGGUGCUCCUGAUUUCCACCGACCCGGCGCACAACCUCUCGGACGCCUUUUCCCAAAAGUUCGGCAAGGAGGCCCGCCUGGUCGACGGCUUCGACAACCUCAGCGCCAUGGAGAUCGACCCCAACGGCAGCAUGCAGGACCUCCUCGCCGGCCAGGGAGACGACGACGUCAACGCCAUGGCCGGCGGCAUAGGCGGCAUGAUGCAGGACCCGGCAUUUGCUGCAAGUCACACGCCCCGUCCCCCCCCGUCCCCCCCGUUACUUGACCCGACCGUCUCGCAGAUCCGUCAAUGUCUGCGUCCCGGCUAA